ACCAAGUAUUUUGAAGUUCGUGUUCUUGCGUAGUAAUUAACAUUAUCUUUGGGUUUCGAAAUAAGUGACAAAGUCAAGAUUGUCUUCUAGUAUAAGCUUUUCUUUGCUCUCACAAUAUGCUACAUCAAACAAAGAUUUUCUCAAACCUGUGUGGAGAAGCAAGUGGAGAAGCGCAAAUGGAGAAGCCAAAGUUCAAAACUGUCCAAGAAGUGGUGUCAGCCGGUGAAGGACUACCGGAAAGAUAUCUCCACACACCCACCGGCGACAUCGAAAGUCAACCUCUUGACUCUCCCGUGCCGGAGAUGGAUAUUCCUGCCAUCGAUCUCGGUCAUCUCCUGUCUCCUUCUGAAUACGGUCGACAAGAGUUGAGAAAGCUUCACUUAUCGCUCUCUACAUGGGGCGUUGUUCAGGUGAUGAAUCAUGGAAUGACACAAGAGUUUCUUGACAAGAUUUACGAGCUAACCAAGCAGUUCUUUGCGCUUCCGACAGAAGAGAAACAAAAGUAUGCAAGAGAGAUUGGUAGUAUCCAAGGAUAUGGUAACGACAUGAUUCUCUCUGAUGAUCAAGUUCUUGAUUGGAUUGACCGUUUGUAUCUCUCUACUUAUCCUGAAGAUCAACGGAAACUUCAGCUCUGGCCUGAGCUCCCAGCUGGUUUCAGGGAAACAUUACAUGAAUAUACAAUGAAGCAACAAGUGGUGAUUGAGCAGUUUUUUAAGGCCAUGGCUAGAUCGUUGGAACUAGAUGAGAACUGCUUUCUAGACAUGUAUGGAGAAAAUGCUAUGAUGGAUACAAGAUUUAAUUUGUAUCCUCCAUGUCCAAGGCCAGACAAGGUUAUCGGUGUCAAACCACAUGCUGAUGGCUCUGCUUUCACUCUUCUCUUACCUGACAAGGAUGUCGAAGGGCUUCAGUUCCUCAAAGACGGCAAGUGGUAUAAACCUCCAAUUGUCCCUGAUACAAUUCUGAUAAAUGUUGGAGAUCAGAUUGAGAUUAUGAGCAAUGGGAUAUACAAGAGUCCAGUUCAUAGAGUGGUGACUAACAGAAAAAAAGAAAGGAUAUCUGUGGCAACGUUUUGUAUUCCGGGUGCAGACCAAGGGAUUCAACCUGUAGAGGCGCUUGUGACUGAGACAAGACCAAGAUUAUAUAAGACAGUUAAGAAGUAUGUUGAUCUCUACUUUGAAUACUAUCAACAGGGUCGAAGACCGAUAGAAUCUGCUUUGAUCUGAUGAUACUUUUGCAAGUCGUCUUCUUGUUUUCACAAAUGAAUAAGUUUUUUUCCAUUACCUGAUCGUUGAAGAGAAAUAAUACCGUUGCUUUUUUUUGAACUGCGAGGCUGCAUUGUGUUGUGUUGCUUCUCUUGAUAAUAUCAUGAGGUUUGAAGUUCAUCUACACAAAACACAUCAAGGUUUUGAAUGAGAGUCGAGAAUUUAUGUGUGAUUGUAUUCUUGAGUCAAUUUUACAAAAUAUUUUUACUUGACUAA